CUCCUGGCCGCGGUCAGUGCACCAUGUCUGGGCACGGGGCGGUACAGCUUUCUGCCGGGAGCCUGGCUGUGGUGCUGCAGGGCGGGCAGGGCAAGGAGGCUGUAGCGCUGUUCCGGGAGUUUCAGGCGGCUAACGCUCGGUGUGUGUGGGAGCCCCGGCUGGUGCGCGCCGUGUCCGGCCUCUCGCUGCUGGGCUGGCUGCAGAGCGGGGUGCUGCUGGUGCGGGGGCUUAGCGCGAGUCUGGACGUACUGCGGGACGCAUGGGCACGGAGGGCACUGAGAGCCCCGGGGGGCUGCUGCAUCCGAGCGCUCGGGGAUGUGUCUGCAGUGUGCAUGAGUCCUGUUCCACAGUCUCAAUUUGUGCCUUUGGCGGAGGUGCUUUGCUGUGCGAUCUCCGAUAUGAACUCUACACAAGUCUUAGUGACACAGGAUUCUUUGAUGGAGCAUCUUAUAAGUCAUUACCCAGGUCUUGCUGCUCCAUCACAGGACAUUCUCUAUAAUGCUCUUGGGACGCUCAUUAGAGAGAGGAAGGUUUACCACACUGGUGAGGGCUACUUUAUAGUAACUCCCCAGACCUACUUUAUUACAAGAGAUGCUGCUCCAGGCAGUACCGCUGAUGUCCCUCCGGCUUCUAUCACGUACCUGGUCAGCAUAGAGAGCUGUGCAGACCUCACAAAACAGGAUCUUCUCCUUUCGGGGUCUCACUGCAAAUCCUGCAGCUGUUUUUCUGAACAUUCGCCACAAACGAUUCUAGGGCAACAGUCCAUCAAUGAGAGCAGAGGGAUAAAGUUGUCAAGAGGUGUCAGAGAUUCCAAACCAUCUGUGCAACAUCAAGCAACCUCCACUGCAGUAGACCAGUACAAAUGCAUAAAAGACAAGUGCCAGAAGAAAUUUGGGAUCAGUCUGUUCUGGCGUAAUACGUCCAGGAAAGAAAAGUCUAGAAAAGAUUUGUCAAACUUUUCUGCACAGUUUCCCCCGGAGGAAUGGCCAGUUAGGGAUGAAGAUAAUUUAGAUAAUAUCCCACGGGACAUUGAACAUGAAAUAAUCAAACGCAUCAAUCCUGUGCUUACUGUGGAUAACUUGAUGAAACACACAGAUUUGAUGCAAAAAGCAGAGGCCCAGAAAAAGUAUUUCAGUAAAGGAACCUCAACAGAUAUUGUGAAAAGCAAACCAAGGCAUACAGUCCGCAGUAGCACCAGAAAGAACAUCAAAGGUUCCAAACAUCACAAGGCUGUCAAAGAGAAAAGCAAGAGAGACAAAUGUCUACAGCGGUUAGAUGUUGGUGCAAAGGGACAAGCGCUGGUGUUGACUUCCCAGCAGACCAAUGUUACUGAUGAUCUGAUCAAGUACAAAGUUGCUCAGCCAGAUGUGAUUUACAAACGGCAAAUACACAAUCCUUUUGAAGGUAUUGCACACAGAGAGAACACUUACAGAGCUGUGAAGGCUGGUGACAUGAAGAGAUCCUCUAGUCCGAAAGACAGAAAACAUAUGUCAGGGCUUGCAGAAUGCUCAGGAGCAAAAGCAGUCAGCUCUUCUGCCAGAUGUGCAAGUGAUGAGGGGAAUGACAACAGGUGUAAUGAACCAUUAUCAGCACUCGCAUCUGGCACAGAUAACUUGAGGGAAUACCCGUCCAGCUACCCACAAUGCAGCACACUGCGCAUAGAUGAAAAAUUCAUGCAAGACAAAGACAGCUCUGCCCACUAUGCCCAUAUGGAUAAAAGGAAUGCUGUUUUGUGUGAUCUUUCAAAGAAGACCUCUGUACAUUCAGGAAGUGCACUUGAUGUGAACCAACUCGACUGUGUUCCAAAGUGGAUUUAUUCAAACCAAAUACGGCAAACUCCAAGUUCAUUACAGUCUGUACAGAUAAAUAUGUGCAACACUGGAAGCUCCCUGAUGCAUGUUACUAGACCCCAAAAUGAAAAAUCAGAACUGGUUUCCCAUAACAACUAUUCAGUUAGGGAUCUGCUGAGAUAUAAUACAUUUAGCAACUCUGAGAAUGAAGGAUUUACGGAUGAGGAUCAAGCCUUGUAUCAGAAAGCAGCAGACGAUGACGAUGUUUGUAGCUCACUGUACCUCGAAGAUGACAUAGAAGAAAAUGUUAAUAUCUGUACAGGUCUUCAAAUUCAAACUAAAAAAAACAGCCUGGAACAACUUACUUGGUUGAAUUUGAAAGCCGAAAACUGCUGCACAUCUGACUUGUCUCCAGUGAAAUGGAGCACUGAUGUGGCUCUGACUUCUCAGCUGACUUGCAUCAAUCAUCAGAACAAAAGUUACACUCACUCAGUUCUUUCUAUUAAAGGGUCUCAAGGCUCCUCUAAGCCAAACCAAGAUCUGAAGGAAUUUGCCCACCAGCACUCGGCUCAUUCUCAUGUGGACCCUAACGCUGGUGAAAGUUUUCCGGCCUCCGAGGCGGUUGAUGGCAGCAUAUUUGAUUAUUGUAACUCAAGUGAUGGAAACUCGGUGCCUGACACUUCACAGAUUUCUGUAAAAAAACACAAGGAGAAACCUGAUACAGAUUCAGAAGUUCAGUUAGGGAAGUUGCAUCAAAACUUUGAACACCAUCUGAAACUGUUUAACUCAAAGAGUAACUCAAUGGAAGUCAAACACUGUGAAAGGAAUGAAAGUCGCAGUACUACGGGGGACAGCGGUAUUGAAUCUCCACGGACAAGGCUCAGCUUGACACCCAAUAACUCUGGCGUUGUGGAGAGGCUAAGGAGACGGACAUUUCUGCAUAGCCUGGAGGUGCAUAGUGUCCCCAAGAACGAUGUGCUCCGAGCUGCUAACUCUUUGAUACAGAGGACUCCAGUUCUAAAUGUUUAGUGGUGACACGUUCUGGGAUGCGAUACGUAUUUAUACUAAAGACGCAGAGUCAUUUCCUUUCAGCUUGAAGGGACCUUCAUAUUUGUAUGUUUGUCCCCACAAUGCUGGGUGACAUGACUGACUGUGACUCUAGAUCUGUCUGACUGGGCCAGGGGCCACUGACUUGUGCUUUCUUCACAUUUUGUCUGAAACAGGACAGCGCCUCUCCUCACCCCAGUAAUCGGCAUUCUCUUGCGCUUUUUGUGAAAAGCUGAUGGUUUCAUUGACUUCCUUUUGAAAAGUCUACUCUGUUUUUAUUAUAAAUGAUUUGCCCCGUC